AGAAACUCUAUCUCUCUCUCUCUCGCUCUCUCCAGAAGCCCUAAUGGAGUAUCCUGUAAUUUCGCCCGCGGGAACCCACAAAACCCUAGAUUCCUCUUCCCAAACCCUAGAUUCGUCCUCCCUCCAUGACCCUCUUCCUUCCUCUGAAAUCCUAGCUUCUCAUCUCCCUCCUCCAAGUAUCUUAUUCUCUGCUCAAACCCUAGCUCCGUACGAUCAGAACCCCCCGCCUCCUUCAGAAACUCUAGUAUCGUACGACGAAAUUCCUCCUCCUCCUCCUCCAGAAAUCCAGUCCUUCUCUGCUCCGGACCCACGUCCUUAUGCUGAAGCCGUCGAUUCAAAUGGUCAAGACCCGCCACCGCCGCCUCCUUCCGAAACCCUACCUUCUCAAGAUCCGGCUUAUUCCUCGGCAGAAACCCUACCUUCUUCAUGUGAACCUGGGAUUCUGCCAUCUUCUGCAGAAGGGCAAGAAGCCCCGGCCCAAAACCCGCUGUCUUCUUCUGAAAUCGUUACCCAAGAGAAGUCUUUUUCCGGUCUUAACACGGCUCCUGAAUUCGGCAAUCAGAAGCCGCUGCUGUUGGAAAAUGGCGUCAACGCCACCAACAGCGGCACUGAAAGGGACUACUCCGGCGGGGAAGAAGAGACUACCAGCCGUCGCAAGCGCCGAAGUAGGUGGGAUCCCCCGUCUGAAUCCGACCCCCAAAAUGGAGACGCAGCAGGCAGCGGUGGCCGGAAGCGGAAAUCCCGUUGGGCUGAUGAUGAACCAAAGCCGAUCAUCCAGCUCCCUGACUUCAUGAAGGAAUUUACUGGAGGUAUGGAUGUCGAUCCUGAAGUUCAAGCCCUUAACAUUAGGCUUCUUGAAAUCAGUCGUAUGUUACAGUCGGGACUCCCCUUGGAUGACCGCCCUGAAGGCGCCCGCUCACCUUCUCCUGAACCCAUUUAUGAUAACAUGGGCAUCCGUAUAAACACCCGCGAGUACCGUGCCCGUGAGAGAUUGACAUUCGAGAGGCAGGAAAUCAUCUCUCAGCUGAUCAAGCGGAACCCUGCAUUCAAGCCCCCAGCAGACUACCGGCCUCCUAAGCUUCAGAAGAAGCUGUACAUACCCAUGAAAGAAUACCCAGGUUACAAUUUCAUAGGGCUCAUAAUUGGGCCGAGGGGAAACACUCAGAAGCGAAUGGAGAAGGAGACCGGUGCAAAGAUUGUGAUUCGGGGUAAAGGGUCUGUUAAAGAAGGUAGACUGCAGCAGAAGCGCGACUUGAAGCCGGAUCUAUCUGAGAAUGAGGAUUUACAUGUGUUGGUGGAAGCUGAGACACAGGAAGCACUCAACGCAGCUGCGGGGAUGGUGGAGAAGCUAUUGAUGCCCGUUGAUGAAGGGCUCAAUGAGCACAAGCGGCAGCAGCUUAAGGAACUUGCUGCUUUGAAUGGGACAAUUAGAGACGAUGAAUUUUGUAGGCUAUGUGGUGAGCAAGGGCACCGCCAGUAUGCUUGCCCAGCUCGUACCUCGACUUUUAAGAGUGAUGUUCUCUGUAAAAUUUGUGGGGAUGGAGGGCAUCCCACCAUUGAUUGCCCCAUGAAGGGAACAGGGAAGAAAAUGGAUGAUGAGUAUCAGAACUUCUUGGCCGAGUUAGGUGGGACUGCACCUGAUUCGCUAACUAGGCAGAACUCAGCAUUGGCGCUUCCUGGUUCUGGUGGUUCAGGGAGCAAUCCUCCUUGGGCCAGUAACAACAGUGCUGGAGGUAUUGGGGGCACAUCGCAACUGGGGCUGGCUAAUGGUGCCAAGAUGGUUAAGGAACACGAUGAUACAAAUUUGUAUAUAGGGUACCUGCCACCCACACUUGAGGAUGAUGCACUGAUUCGUCUGUUUUCACCCUUUGGUGAGAUUGUUAUGGCUAAGGUCAUUAAGGAUCGGGUGACUGGAUUAAGUAAAGGUUAUGGUUUUGUGAAGUAUUCUGACGUGUCUCAAGCCAAUCAAGCUAUUGCUAGUAUGAAUGGGUAUCGCCUUGAGGGUAGAGUUAUAGCUGUAAGAGUUGCUGGCAAGCCACCACAGCCUACGAUACCUCCAGCUCCUCCAGCUCCAACGAUGCCUACGUAUCCUGGACCGCCUCAGCAAUUUACACCUGGUGGGCCUCUCGGAACCCCACCACCCAGAAGCUACAUGGGAGCACCAGUUCCUUGGGGGCCACCGCCUAUUCCUCCAUAUGCUCCUUAUACCCCUCCGCCUCCUGGUUCAAGCAUGUAUGCCCCUGUUCAAGGACAAGCGAUGCCACCUUAUGGUGUUCAAUAUCCAACUGCAGUUCCGACUAUGCCCACUGGCAUGCCAUCUCAAAGUAUGUCUUCUAGUGAAGCUCUGCAGACUUUCCCCCCUGGAAUGCAAUCUCAGAAUAAUCCAUCUGCGCAAUCUGUAAAGAACAACAUCUAUGGAAAUUCGGUAGCCACGGUGGCACCAAAUGCUCCGCCUGCAUAUCCUCCAUCUUCUUUAGGUUACCCAUCUUAUUAUGGUGCAGUUCCUCCUCCUGUACAUCAUUCGGUGGCAGACCAUUCACAGAGCAUGGGAAGCAUGCCGUGGGCACCGAAUCCGCCUGCCCCUCCGCCUGUUUCAUCUGCAGAGCCACCAACUUAUGCUGCCGACUCUGAGUACGAGAAGUUCAUGGCAGAAAUGAAGUGAUUUGAUCAGCUGGCCGUUCUUUUUCCAGCUUGCAAGGCGUCAGGUUUCUUGGAGCUCUUGUGAACCUGAUUUAUUACCUGUUGCUAUGACUUCAACUUGUUGGACGUUUGGGACUCAUAACUUUAACCUUGCUGUACUGUUAUGAUAAUUGCAGAGACUUCAGGCCAGAAGAUGGUUUAUUUGGCAUGGAGAAAUUGUGCAUCCGGCUACUCUGUGCUUUCUAGCUUCUCCUCUUUUCAGCAUGGGACUGUAUUCUGUCUCCAUGUGGAUGGGAUGGCCACCUUCAAUGCAUCUCGGAUGCUAAUAUCUUUUGCUCUUAAAUUUUUCUAGAACUUCGAGGAGGACCUAAUUACUGACAGUUUUAUGUUAUGUUUUGUUUGAGAUGACUUUUAUGUUCUUCCAUAUUGGGUGGGGUAACUACAUUUUAUUUCAUGUCCUGACCUGCCUCAUGUUUCCAGUGAUGACUUUUAUGUUUUUUUUUUUUUUUU